CUCAAAGCGCUCGAAAAUGAGCGAAGACGAGAGAACGCUUUGGUGUGGAAAUUUAAGCGAAAAUGUUACGGAAGAGAUGCUGUACGAACUAUUUCUUCAGGCCGGUCCGCUGGAAAACGUAAAGAUUCCCCGUGAUGGAAAUGGACGUCAACGAAGUUAUGCCUUCAUUACGUACACUCAUGCAUGUAGCGUCGAGUAUGCGAUAGGCAUAUUCCAGGGCACUUCGCUGCUUCAACGCCAUCUCUCGCUGGACAGGAAAACGCGUAACGCUCCGAACGCUGUACCGACACCGCAAAUCAGUUUCAACUAUCCUACGGGCAACAGCAAUACCGCAGCCAACCAGCGAUAUUCUGACGAUCCACCUUUGCCCCAAGCUCAACAAAAUACGAUGGACGAGGGCAAUGAUUUCCAAUCGCCCGAUACAAAUCAGAGCGCAUUUCAUGCGUCACACAGUCAAAGCGAGUUACUAUCCGCGAUGAUGGCAAUCACGGGUGGUGGUGGCCCAUCGAGGCUUGAAUUUACACCAGAAAUGCUAGCACAGCUAGGCCAGCACAUGCUUGGUGCCGACUAUCCACCGUUUGACGAUGGCACCCAGCAGCAGAGAUCGCUGCGCACGAAAAUGAAGCAUAAAGAUCAUACCAACAACUAUCACGAACGCCAUCAGAAGAAACCGUACUCACGGGAAAAUCGGUACGGCCAUAAGCAUGAGCGCAAUGAGUCACAGCAACACCAGAGUCGUCAUAGGUACGACGGCAAUAAUAAGCGCAAAAGUGGCGAUCAUGAGCGAAAUUAUGAUAGAAACGGAGAUCGAAGACGGAGAUAG